AUCCCCAUUGGCAGCAGGAACUGUCAGUGGGGGCAGAGGGAAGACCAGGGCCUGGACACCUGACCCAGGGCUGCCGGGCUGGCCCCGGAGCCGCGACCAGACUGGAGCUGACGGGACGGGCCGGGGCCGCCGCCGCCGCGCUGAGUGGAGCCCUGGGCGGUACGGCUCGUCCCGGCCCGACCCGCGGGACCAGAUGAGGAAACUGACUCAGAUUAAAUGACUUGCCUAUGGUCCUACAGCUAGUAUCAGAAGUGGGAUAUGAAUCCAAGUCUUUCUGAUUCCAAGUCUAGCACUUUGUCCACAUGACUACGAUGAACAAAAAGAAAGGGAGGCUUUGCUGAUGCUGGAAACAAGACUGUACUUUUGAUGCUUCUUUUCUAAGAAUUAGAGUCAGAUCAAAACACCAAGGCUCUUGUGAUCAUGGAACCCCAAUUGUGAAGGCCUAUGUGUCCCUUGUUGCCAUGACGACAGGCGACUGCUGUCAUCUCCCUGGCUCACUGUGUGACUGUACUGGAAACACGGCCUUUUCUAAGAUCGUGGCCGACCCGGACCUUGGGCAUCCGCAAUAUGUGACCCAGGUAACAGCCAAGGAUGGCCGGCUCCUCUCAACUGUCAUCAAAGCCUUAGGCCCGCAAAGUGAUGGACCCAUCUGCCGAAUCUGCCACGAAGGGUCCAGUGGGGAGGUGCUGUUGUCGCCCUGUGAUUGCACAGGCACGCUUGGUACCGUGCACAAGAGCUGCCUGGAGAAAUGGCUUUCUUCUUCCAACACUAGUUACUGCGAGCUGUGCCACACAGAAUUUGUGGUGGAGAGGCGGCCCCGGCCCCUCACAGAGUGGCUGAAGGACCCUGGGCCCAGGAAUGAGAAGAGGACCCUUUUCUGUGACAUGGUGUGUUUCCUGUUCAUCACACCCCUCGCAGCCAUCUCAGGCUGGCUUUGCCUUCGAGGGGCCCAGGAUCACCUACAGUUUAACAGCAGGCUGGAGGCUGUGGGACUCAUUGCUCUCACUUUAGCACUUUUUACUAUCUACAUCCUCUGGACAUUGGUUUCAUUCCGCUACCAUUGCCAGCUGUAUUCAGAGUGGAGAAGGACUAAUCAAAAAGUCCGUUUAAUGAUUCUGGACUCUAAAAGCUGUAAGACAGCCCAGCAUUCAUUGCUGUCAACUAUGCUUCUCAAGAAAACAGCAGAAGAAACUACUGUGUGAGUGCCCUGGAAAUGGUAGCCCUUGAAAGAGAGGGGUUAAUCCUGACCCACCAUAAUCCAGAGAGGAGUCCAACCUAAAGGAAUCAGCUGGCAUACGGGAAUUACAGAGGAAGAAGGAAAGCUGACCACACUGUUGGCUGGCCCAGGAUCUUGAGAAUAUAAUUGGGAAGACUCAGCUUUUUAAGGAAGGACACAACUAUCUCUUUCACCCAAAUCUGGGUUGACUUUGUUACAAUAUACACUAAGUGGAGUAUAUUCUAUAUAUGUACAUAUUUUUUCAAUUUCCUUGCAUAAAAUUUCUGUAUAUUAUGUUGACAGACUUGGUUUUAAGCUUCAGUACUGAAGCUGGCAGCUUGAUCUCAUCUGAGGUUAAUUACAUGCCCUGUUCUGGAGUCACUCAAAGACAAUUCAUGUUUCACAUUGCCCUUGCCCUAGGAGGAAUUUGCUAAGAUCUUGGGAGGCUAUCUUCAUAUCUGCACUUUCUUUUAUGGUGUCAUACUUUAUAAAAGUUUCUGUGUUUUAAAGAUCACCCUGAAGGAAUAAAAUGAGCUCUUAAUGAACAUAA